AUCGUUCCCAAACCCUACAUAACACUUUCCAGUCUUCUUUUUUUUUCUCAUCUCCAUUCACUGAUAUAUUCAUUGAUUUCCUCGACCUCUGCAUUUCUAAAGUUAAUUAAUUUGUUUACUUUUAAUUUUUCCAAUCUAAUGGAGACUAACUCUCAAACCCUCGAACUCACGGUAUUGUCGGCGGGAGAUCUCCGAAUUAACAACAGAAAUCUGAAAAAGAAUGCCUUCGUCGUCGUUUCGAUCGACCCCUUCAAAUAUCGGAUCACCAAGACUGACGCCCAAGGCGGAGGAUAUCCUACUUGGAACGAGAAGUUCGUCAUGGACUUGCCUGCAAGGGAGCGUUUCAUCAUCCUGGAAGUUAAAUGCAGUACUUCCUCCGGAGAUAGAAGGGUUGGGGGAUGCGACGGGGCAGCGAAACGGGAUAAUAAAUUUCUCGUUAAUAAUGCAACGGCGGCGGUGGGGAUGAGAAAAUUUCAAAUUGAUGGGACGGGGAACUUCAGUGGAGUUGUUAGGGGGAUUCCUGUUUGGAGUGUAACUCGUUAAUAAUGCUCUCUGUUUGAAAUUGUGUAUAUCACCAAUUAAGAAUGAAAUAGAUUAAAAAAAAAUAGAGAUUUUUAUUUUGAUUAAAUCUCAAUUUUAGUU